AUGGUGAAAAAGGUAAAUAAUCCUCUGAAGAUCGAUUUCCAAAAAUGUAUUAUUGAAGGUCGACUUCAACAAAUUUUACCAAAACAUAUUACAUCUGAACCAGAAUUGAUCAACAUUUGGACAAUCGAUAUUAAUCCUCAAGAUUCAAAAUAUUUUAUUGCAUUCAUUAGACGUAAUAUUAAAGAGACCGAUCCCAUAUCAUUGUUACAUCUAAAACGUAUCCAAAAGAACCCAAAUGAUAAAUCAUUAUUGAAACUAAUUUUAUGCUCAGUGGAAUAUAUAGCAGACCGUGAAGAUAUAAUAAAACUACUUGAAUCUAUUGAAAAGAAGACCCCCAAUGGAAAUGUUGAAAAAAUCCAAUAUACAAACCUUAAUAAGGAUUUAAAAGUUCCAAAGGAACCUCCUAUUACAAGGGAACUAAUAAAUGAAUGGUCCAAGAAAUUUUGGCCCAUGGUUUGGAAUGGGAAUCCCAAUGAUCAAAUAUUAAACGAUUAUAUCAUUGAUAUGGAUUCUAUUAGAGGAAAAUUAGAUAUUAUUAGCAAACAAUCUCAAUCCUUAGCCAAAUCAAAUGAAAUUCCAGUAGUUUCAUUAUUUGUAAAUCCCUUGGAUCCUUUAAACCAUAUAUUGUCAAUUGAUCAACGAAAUUCCACUAGUGGUUGCCAGUUAGACCAUAGCAUAAUGAAUGGGAUUAAGAAAGUAGCUGAAGAUGAGGUUAAAAGGAGAAAAUUAGAACAAGAGGCAAAGGAAAGUAAUAAUUAUCGAGAAAAGACAUACUUAUGUUUAAAUUUCGAUGUAUAUACCACACAUGAACCUUGCUCCAUGUGUAGUAUGGCAUUAAUACAUUCAAGAAUCAAACGAUUGAUUUUUAUCAAACCAAUGGAAGUUACAGGCAGUUUAAGACCAGAAAGUGGCCACGGAUAUUGUAUGCAUGCAAAUAAAAACUUGAACUCCAAAUAUGAAGUAUUCCAAUGGAUUGGAGAUGAAUAUCCAGUCGGAAGUGUAGAGAACUAUACAUGUUGUUAA